CUUUGACAUUUGCAAGUAAACUUAUUUGUUGCGUUUUUUAGGUUUUGUUGGGAUUAUCUUACUCUUCCAUUAUUUGCCGUAUCAUUUUCUCAAUUAUUUUCGGCUUUGCUAUAUACCUGUACUUUAAAACAGCUACACUGGCGUCCGAAAACUAUCCCAAGAAGAUGCUAGACGGGUGGUAUUGCCGCUCUAUAGCAAAUAUGCAGGCUAACGAAGCAGCCAGUGCCAGUAAUAGUGUAAAUGCGGAUGCACCUCGCAGCCACGACUCGCGAAAAGACUAUUCCAGUGAUAGCAGCAGCGAUCCAGAGCCUGAACCUAAUUACAAGGCUCAAUAUCUAUCGCUCAAGAAAAAACUGAAGUAUCUCAUUUAUGAAAAUGAGUGUUUUCAAGAUGCUUUAAGAUGUAGUCAAAAAAGGCUGCUUAAGGUGUCUCGUGAUCGCAGCUUCCUAUUAGAUAGAUUAUUGCAAUAUGAAAAACAUGAAAGCACCACAUCAGACAGCGAAGAUACAGAGUCCUCAGAUGAUGCAACUUAUAAUCAUGCUGAGACAAUGAAAAGGAAAAAGAUGGAUACCAGUGCUGGCCCGCAAGUCUUGUCCACACCAUCUGCACUCAAUAAAGGUCUCAAUAAUACUAUGAAAAGGAAAAGAGCAGUUGUCCCUAAAAAAACACCAAAUACUAAUAAUCCUCAUCAAGCUAGUGGUACCAUGAUGGCGAAGGCAUCGCCAGCUCUAGGAUUUGGCCUGUCGGCAAGCGACGGUCACAUGACUCCCGAAGAGGUGGAGCGCCACCUUCAGUCGCGACAAUCGUACCUCGAACUGUUGCCUGAGCGAGCACCCCCCACUGUACCUACAGAAAUGUUUAGCAAUGACCCUUCGCUUGACAGUGAAUCAAAUGAUGUUCUGGAAAAUUCACCAAAUGUGGACGAAUGGUUUGAUUAACAGUACCUGUCAAUCACUUCGGUGAUAAUUAAUACUAGUACUCAUCAAAGGUGUCCGACUAGCGAGUCUCUUCAAAGACAUGUCGCCUUUGGUUUUAAGAAUUUCAAUAGUUAUUUAACAUUUGUUAUAAUGAAAAUAUUCAUUGUAACUACUUGCACAUGUAAAAGUGUUAUUUUUAAGAUGUACAGAAUAUAUUCU